AUGGAUCAUUUGCAUCCAACUAUUAUAAUUAAUUUAUCUAAAGGUUUGAGAAAGUAAAUCUUUUGUAAUUUAUUUAGGUUUGAGAAAAUACAACAAUUGGCAAGUUGUAAUAAAUUAGAUGGAUGGGGUUUAAAUGAUACGAGCUAAUUAGGUUUUUAAGAUGGAGAGAAACACAAUCCAACUUAAUUGAAUUUUAUGGGAAAAAUAAAGACUAUUUAAUUAUUGCCUGAUAUAACUAUAUGA